AUGGGGUACCAGCGGCUGUCCUGGAGCCAUCCGCGCAAGUUCAGCCAGGGAUCCCGCUCCUGCUGCAUCUGCUCCAACCGGCACAGCCUGAUCCGCAAGUACAGCUUCAACAUGUGCCGCCAGUGCUUCCGACAGUACGCCAAGGACAUCGGUUUCAUCAGGUUGGACUAGAUACCUCUGUGGCAGCCAUUGCCAUUGGACAUCAUUUUGCUAAGUGAUCCACCAGACUGAAGAUCUUAUGAACAUGGCA